UUCCAUCCCUCCAUCCGAAAGGACGCGACUGAUAUAUGAAGACCCUGUGUGGACAGUAAUGACCGCACGCUUCCGAUUGCCAGCUGGCAGAACUUACAAUGUACGAGCAUCCGAGCUGGCACGAGACAGACAACACACAGAGGUGGUCUGCAAUAUCCUUCUCUUGGAUAACACUGUACAAGCUUUCAAAGUCAAUAAACACGAUCAGGGACAAGUUCUAUUGGAUACAGUCUUCAAACAUCUUGAUUUAACUGAGAGAGAUUAUUUUGGUUUACAAUUGGCUGACGAUUCGACGGACAACCCAAAGUGGCUGGAUCCAAACAAACCAAUAAGGAAGCAGUUAAAAAAUAUACUUCUAUUAAUUUUAGGAGGAUCUCCUUACAGUUUGAAUUUGAGAGUCAAAUUUUUUGUAAGUGAUCCCAACAAGCUACAAGAAGAAUAUACAAGAUACCAGUAUUUUUUGCAAAUUAAACAAGACAUUCUUACUGGAAGAUUGCCCUGUCCUUAUAAUACUGCUGCCCUUUUGGCUUCCUUUGCUAUUCAGUCUGAAUUGGGAGACUACGACCAUUCAGAAAACUUGCCAGGCUACCUCUCUGAUUAUUCUUUCAUCCCUGGUCAGCCUCAAGACUUUGAAAAAGAAAUCGCAAAAUUACAUCAGCAACAUAUAGGCUUAUCUCCUGCAGAAGCAGAAUUCAAUUAUCUCAACACAGCUCGAACCUUAGAACUAUAUGGAGUUGAGUUGCACUACGCAAGGGAUCAAAGUAAUAAUGAAAUUAUGAUUGGCGUAAUGUCAGGAGGAAUACUAAUUUACAAGAACAGGGUACGAAUGAACACCUUUCCAUGGUUGAAGAUUGUAAAAAUUUCAUUUAAAUGCAAGCAGUUUUUUAUUCAACUUAGGAAAGAAUUGCAUGAAUCUAGAGAAACAUUACUGGGAUUCAAUAUGGUGAAUUAUAGAGCAUGUAAGAAUUUGUGGAAAGCAUGUGUAGAACAUCACACAUUUUUCCGUUUGGAUAGACCACUGCCACCUCAGAAGAAUUUUUUUGCACAUUAUUUUACUUUGGGUUCAAAGUUCCGAUAUUGCGGGAGAACAGAAGUCCAGUCUGUACAGUAUGGCAAAGAAAAGGCAAACAAAGACAGAGUGUUUGCAAGAUCCCCCAGUAAACCUUUGGCACGGAAAUUGAUGGAUUGGGAAGUAGUGAGUAGGAAUUCAUUGUCUGAUGAAAGAUUAGAAACACAGAGUUUACCAUCACGCUCUCCACCUGGAACGCCAAAUCAUCGCAACUCUGCAUUUACACAAGAGGGAACCCGACUACGACCAUCUUCGGUUGGACACUUGGUAGACCAUAUAGUCCACACCUCUCCAAGUGAAGUUUUUGUGAAUCAUAGAUCUCCAUCAUCAACACAGGCUAACAGCAUCAUUCUGGAAUCAUCACCAUCUCAAGAAGCUUCUGAAGAUGGACAGCCUCCUGCAUUACCACCUAAACAAUCUAAGAAGAACAGUUGGAACCAGAUUCAUUUCUCACAUUCCCAGCAAGACCUGGACAACCAUAUUAAUGAAUCAUUUGAUAGUUCUUCUUCACCUGAAAAAUCUACACCCAAUGGUGGUAUUCCUCAGGAUAAUCUUGUUCUGAUCAAAAUGAAACCUGAUGAGAAUGGAAGGUUUGGAUUCAACGUAAAGGGCGGAUAUGAUCAGAAGAUGCCUGUGAUAGUUUCUCGUGUAGCUCCAGGAACACCAGCUGACCUCUGUGUCCCUCGAUUGAAUGAAGGGGAUCAAGUUGUGCUAAUUAAUGGCAGAGACAUUGCAGAACAUACCCAUGAUCAAGUUGUCAUGUUUAUCAAAGCUAGCUGUGAGAGACACUCAGGGGAACUUGUGCUCCUGGUUCGACCCAAUGCUGUAUAUGAUGUAGUAGAAGAAAAAUUUGAGAAUGAACCAGACUUCCAGUAUAUCCCUGAGAAAUCACCACUAGAUGGCGUCCAUCAAAAUGAUAACGCCUUGAGGGAAUCGAUGAUUCAGCUCGCCGAGGGUCUUGACAGUGGAACAGUCCUUACACAGUUUGAUCAACUCUAUAGAAAAAAGCCUGGAAUGACAAUGUCUUGUGCCAAAUUACCUCAGAAUAUUUCCAAAAAUAGAUAUAGAGACAUUUCGCCUUAUGAUGCUACACGGGUCAUUUUAAAAGAUAAUGAUGACUACAUAAAUGCAAAUUACAUAAAUAUGGAAAUCCCUUCUUCCAGCAUUAUAAAUCAGUAUAUUGCUUGUCAGGGGCCAUUACCAAACACUUGUACAGAUUUUUGGCAGAUGACUUGGGAGCAAGGUUCCUCCAUGGUUGUAAUGUUGACAACACAAGUGGAACGAGGCCGAGUUAAGUGUCAUCAGUAUUGGCCACAACUCACAGAAAGUUCAUUGUAUGGAAAUUUCCAGGUCACCUGCCAUUCUGAAGAAGGAAAUUCUGCCUAUGUCUUCAGAAACAUGACACUAUGUAACUUAGAGAAAAGUGAGAGUCGUCAACUCACCCAGAUUCAGUACAUAGCCUGGCCUGACCAUGGAGUCCCUGAUGAUUCAAGUGACUUUCUUGAUUUUGUCUGUCAUGUACGAAAUAAGAGAGCUGGCAAAGAAGAACCUGUCAUUGUUCAUUGCAGUGCUGGGAUUGGACGAACAGGGGUUCUUAUCACUAUGGAAACAGCUAUGUGUCUCAUUGAGUGCAAUCAACCGGUUUAUCCACUAGAUAUUGUAAGGACAAUGAGAGAUCAAAGAGCCAUGAUGAUUCAAACACCUAGUCAAUACAGAUUUGUUUGUGAAGCUAUUUUGAAGGUUUAUGAAGAAGGAUUUAUUAAACCUUUAAAGACAUAGUUACAUAAAUAAGAGAGCAAAAGGGCUGGGAUCUUUGUAGAAACAUUCUUGUCCGUUAUAACAGAACUGGCUGUAUCCACCGUGCCACCAUAAUACUACUUACAGACAAUGGCAUCAGAGGACAAUGAAGAAUUGAGAAAAGACUUAGAAAAUUCAGCACUGUUGCACUUUAUGUUGAAACAAAAGUCAGUCUCUCAAACUCUAUAACUCUUAUGUUUGAAGACUUCAUUUCAUUCUUUGCUCCGAACAAAAAGAAAAAAGAUGAAUGAACUUAAAUGGGUUCAGAGUAAUUUAUGAAAUGUCAUGGUAAUGCUCAUCCAGUCCUCUUCUGGUUGAAUUGCUAAAAAAAACAAGGCUUGGAAUUCUUACCAUCCAUGUUACGCACCUGCAUCUUGGAAACAAAAGUAAACAUCAGACAUUAGCCACAGUCUUCUCCAGUGUUUCAUAUAUUUACAGUGUACUGGUUCUUUUUUUUUUUAAGACAUCAGCAAUAUUCUGAAUAUUAGCCAAUACACUGCCUAUUGAUGUGGCACAUUUUACCCAACACUCCCUGGAAAUAAAUCUGCUGGUUAUUAGAAGAUAAAUGGAAUUUUCUUUUGUUAGGAAGAUGCCCAUUUGCCAGCAUCUUAUAAAAAGUAUAAAUAUGAACCUACAGAAAGCUUUGCAACGGAUAACAUGGCAGUCUCAGUCCAUAGAAUUGGUUUGUUUCAAGUCAUGUAACUUCUCAUACAUAAUGUAAAUGAAUGCAUGCAUUAUGUCUUAACCCCUUAAGUGCCUUGAGACUUCCCAAAUGGCUAAUGAAAAGGCACUCAUACAACCCUGUGGGGAAGGUAUGUAUAGUGUACAUUCUCACCUUUUUAUGCAUUUUGAAUGGGUCCCAUUUUCUAAUGGCAUCUAGUAUUGGAAGUAUAUAGUGAUAUAAGGGGUCGAGAAAAUGCCAUCCAUUCCUUUUUACUCAAUGCUUGUUUGUUCUUGUGAAAAACAAAGCUAUUUUGCUUACUGAGUAAAUAAGCAGUCUGCUGCUGUGAAAUUAUUUUAAAAUGUGGCACAUUCCUUUUGGGGGAGGGGUUUUCAUUUCAAUGAGAGCUACUAGCUUCUUCAGAUUGGAUGUUUGAUUUUAUCCCUGCUCUGUCUUCUGAUGGAAUACACUGAUACCACAGACAUAAAUUUGUAACAAUGACUUAGGAAUUUUUUUUUCUUCCCAUCCCCUACAAAAAUGUACUUUUCAAAACUCAUUUUGACUGAUGUCACUUUAUGUCCAUAUUGCUCUGUUUGGUUUGGUGUCUUUUAAGUAAGCAAUGAAGCACUGUUGGUGUUUUUAGAUUUUAUUGCCCCUGUUUGCAUGUGCUACUUACUUAAAUUAUAUACCUAUCAGGAGGAAGAGUUUUAUCUCUCUAUCUGAUAUAGUAUCAGAGUUCAUUUUGGUUGUGUAUAUGUUUAUUUCCUUUUUUGUAGCCUGUGGGAAGAAAGAAUUUUUAAAAUUGUCCAGUUUGAUAUAAAUAGGGAUUUACUCACCUAUUUUGAAUGUGAGAUGAAAAGAUGAUUUUAUAUAUAUAUAUGUAUA